AUGCCUUGGGCAGUUAUGAUGGCGACGCUGGGGCGGCCCGCGUUGUUUGUGGCAUCCGUUGUGCUGUUCUGCGCGGUUGGCUGUGCCGCGGUGAGUGGUUUGGGUGAUGAUGCGCGGCGGCAUGAAGUAGUGCAUCUAAUGAGCGAGGCAAAGGAGAAGGCGCUCAAGGCGCGGAGAGCGAUGAGUCAGGCUAGGCCUGAGAUGGACGCUAUAAAGAAAGCAACGGAGCAAUUCAAGGUUGAUGUGUAA